AUGGCAACUGGUCCAACAACAGAUGUUCUAGAAGCCCGUAGGACACGGACACUUACAGAACCAGCCCAUGAACAUUAUGAGCUAUCCCUAAGUCGGUUUAAGAAGAGAUUAGCUGCUUCUUGGGAUUCAGUUCAAACAGAAUUAGAUAAUGUCAUGUCUGUGAGUGAUGAUGACAUAGAUCAGUUAAAAAAGGCAAAUCUGGCUUUGACACUAGCCUAUGGAGGAUAUCGGAUGGUAUCAAUCGAAUUCUUAGCAUAUUUGGACACUAUAAAUAGCGUUGAAAGUCAACAUGAGAUGUCACAGCAUAAGAAGGAUGCACAGCGAUAUGAUUUCCUCGUGACUAGUGUUUUAGACCGACUAGACCUAAGAAUUCGUGCUCCUGACAUAGAUGCCAAGUCAAUACGCUCAAACCGCUCAGCACACAGUUUGGUAUCACAUCAUUCUAAACUUUCCAGCUCCUCCAGCAGUUCUGAUGCUGCCAGGAAACGGGCCAAAGCUGAAGCAGCUAAAGCCCGCGUUGCUUAUUUAGAAAGGGAAGCUGCAUUACGUAAAAAGCAAGCACUCUUAGAAGAGGAAGAAAAAUUUAAUCUCGCAAAGGUAGAGCGCAGAAGGCAGGAGCUCCAUGUAGAUUUGGAAGUCCUUCGUGAACACAAACAAUGUGCAGAAGCCGAGGCUGAAGCUGAUGCCCUAGAAAAAAUCAGCACAGUUGGAACUAUUCCUGAGCAAAUAGAGGAUCCCUCUGUACGUACUGCAAAGUAUAUUCAAGAACAUUGUAAUACACAUAGCGCAUCACAUGAUUGUUAUUCACAACAUUCUAAUGAGAGCUGUAAUAUGUCGAGAAGUGAAAUCAGGAAUCAGACUCCGAGUUCUACUCCAGACAAACCAGUGCUACUAAAUCCUCAGGCGAAAUCAUUUGAACCAUCAAAGCGCACAGUCACAUCAGAAUUGUCUCAAUUUCUGCUGAAGAAAGACUUAUUAUUUUCGCGUUUGCAUAAAUUUGAUGAUUCCCCAGAGAACUAUUCCGCGUGGAAAACCAGCUUCUGUAGUAUAAUGGACGAGCUAGAUGUAACGCACGCCGAAGAACUUGAUCUCCUGGUACGUUGGUUAGGACCCGAGUCAACGAAACACGCGAUUAGUCUACGAGCAGCCAACUCGUCCAACCCAUCCAAAGGUCUUUUAAGGCUAUGGGAGCGUCUUAAUGAUAGGUAUGGAAGCCCGCAGAUGGUAGAAUCAGCUUUGAAGAAAAAACUGAACAAUUUUCCUAAAUUGGCAACAAAAGACCACUCAAAGCUGUAUGAGCUGUCAGACAUAUUGUCAGAGAUAGAGUCGGCCAUGGAUGAUCUAAAGUAUCGUGAUCUUCUUUCAUACUUUAACACUACCUCCGGUAUCAACCCUGUGGUUAGUAAGUUGCCAUUCAAUAUCCAGGAGAAAUGGACAAAUCAUGCUGUCCGCUACCAGAAGUUAUGUAAUGUUGUUUUCCCACCUUUUUCAGUGUUCGCCGAUUUCGUGCGUGACAUUAGCCGCAUUAAGAACAAUCCCGGUUUCAUGUAUGAUAAUACCAUGGUCAAAGAUAAUGGUCCUUCGAAACAAGUGAAAUCGUCCUCAGCAGCCUCAGGUCAACAGCAGCAUCGUAAAGGUAGGGCUACAGUGAUGAAGACUGAUGUAUCUCCUCAACACAAAGCCACCGUCGAUAACUCUACUCGUUCAUCAACUGACAUUUCUUCGAAACAACAUAGGGACAACAAUAGUACUUUCGUUAAAGAGGACAAAUUUUGUCCGCACCAUAAUGUCGGUGGGCACGACCUCGGAUCGUGUCGUUCAUUCUUAGCUAAACCAAUAUCGGUAAGAAAGAAAUUUGUAAGGGACAAAAACAUUUGCUUCAAUUGUUGUGAGAGUUCGAAUCACAGGGCUAAUGCAUGCAACAAGGAAGUCCGGUGUGAACGUUGCGGUUCCCGACAUGCUACCGCUUUGCAUUUUGAACCACCCAUGAGGAAAGACGGCGGGGAGGAAGUGUCUCCCGUUAAACAAACUGAUAAGUCAGAUGAGGUUAUUAAUGCCUGCUCACAAGUCUGUGGUAAAAUGUCUUCUGGGAAGUCUUGCGCUAAGGUAGUCUGUGUUCGCAUUUAUGCUAAGGAAAGACCAGAAGAAAAGGUCAAAAUGUACGCUCUAAUAGAUGACCAGAGCAACAGGUCAUUAGUGAAACCAGAAUUCUUUCAGCGAUUUAGUGGCAACUACCAACAAGUUGGAUACUCACUCUCAUCUUGUGCAGGUACUAUUGACACAUCCGGUCGUCGUGCGAUAGGUUUUGUGGUAGAAACCUUGGAUGGUGCUACAUCUCAUGAUCUUCCACCACUUACAGAAUGCCGUCAGAUACCAGAUAUCAGACAUGAGAUUCCUACUCCGAGUGCAGCUUUGAGUCACCCGCACUUAAGGGAUAUUGCGAAAUUAAUUCCUAGUUUGGACGCGGAUGCUCCUAUACUACUAUUGUUAGGCCGUGAUUUGAUUGAAGCCCAUCACAUUAGCGACCAAAGAAUCGGUCCCCGUGGCUCACCAUAUGGACAGAAACUUAGUCUCGGCUGGGUAAUUGUAGGUGAGACCUGCCUUGGAAGGGUCCACACUCCCGAUGAGGUCAAUGUAAACAAAACAUACAUUUAUCCAGGGGAAAGAGCAUCAAUUUUCCCACCCUGCGGUAGUCAAUUCAAGUUGAAGGAUCGCUUGGACACAACCGGUGAUAACUUGGACGCCCUCGAUAAAGAUAUAUUCUGUUACACAAGUAAGGAUGACAAGAUAGGACAAUCUGUUGAGGACAAAGACUUUUUAAACAUCAUGAGCAAAGAGUUCACAAAAACUCCUGAAGGUAACUGGUCAGCGCCUCUCCCAUUUCGUUUGCCGAGGUCAAAGAUGCCCAGUAAUCGGAUGUAUGCUCUAAAACGUGCUCGUAAUCUAGAGGCUGGAUUGAAAAAGAAUCCUGAUAAAAGGGAACACUUCUUCGAGUUUAUGGGAAAGAUACUUGCCAACAGACAUGCUGAACUUGCACCUCCAUUGGAUACUGAUGAGGAAUGUUGGUUCUUACCAAUAUUCGGGGUAUAUCACAAGAAAAAGGGCCAGAUUAGAAUCGUGUUUGACUCUUCAGCUACAUUUCAAGGUGUUUCCCUCAAUUCAGUACUCCUACAAGGACCAGAUUUGUCCAAUAGUUUGUUGGGCAUCCUUAUGAGGUUCAGGAAGGAACACAUUGCGAUUACCGCUGACAUUCAACAAAUGUUCUUCCAGUUUCGAGUGCACGAAGAGGAUAGAAACUUUCUUAGGUUUUUCUGGUUUAAGGACAAUAACCCAGACAUGGAGUUGGCUGAAUAUAGAAUGUGUGCUCACGUCUUUGGUAAUUCGCCUUCGCCAGCUAUCGCUACUUAUGGUCUCAGAAAAUCUGCUAUCGAGCAAGAGGGCAGAUUUGGUUCGGACAUGAGAGAGUUUGUAGAAAAGAACUUCUACGUUGAUGAUGGCCUGGUUUCAUUUGAAGAUGGCGCGCAAGCGGUCGAUCUCUUAAAGAGGACCCAGGAAGCAUUAGCCUCUGGCGGUAACUUACGACUCCACAAGAUCGCUUCGAACAAUAGUGAAGUUAUGAAGGCCUUCCCAAAGGAAGAUCUGGCUACUGAGUUAAAGGACUUAGACAUAGGGAUGGAACAUUUGCCCCUGCAGAGAAGUUUGGGGCUAACGUGGAACUUGAACACGGACUGUUUUACGUUCAAUGUGUCCAAUGAUGACAAACCAUUUACGCGUCGAGGCGUAUUAUCAGUGGUAAAUUCCUUAUAUGACCCACUCGGUUUCAUCGCGCCUAUCGUCGUACAAGGAAGAAUCCUCAUGCGCGAUCUUGUCACAGAAACGUUAGAUUGGGACCUCCCACUGUCUGAUGAGAGUCUACAUGUUUGGAAUGUCUGGAGAGAUUCCCUUAAGUGUUUGGAACAGCUAAGUAUCCCACGUACCUAUCUUCCUACAUCAUUCACCAAAGCUAACCCCAGAGAAAUUCACAUAUUUGGGGACGCUUCUGAGCAGGCUAUUUCUGCCGUUGCAUAUGUAAGAACAGUAAAUGAUGAAUCAGCGGAUAUAGGGUUCGUGUUAGGCAAAGCAAAAGUGGCCCCAAAAGGUACCCAUACUAUUCCUAGACUAGAAUUGUGUGCUGCUUUACUUGCUGUGGAAUUGGGCGAAAUUGUGUCAUGUCAGCUUGACUUGCCCAUUACUGACAUGAAGUUUUAUUCUGACAGUCGCGUAGUAUUAGGCUAUCUCAACAACCAAGUUCGACGCUUCUAUGUCUAUGUCGAAAACCGUGUAUCCCGAAUACUUCGAAGCACGACCCGUCAACAGUGGAACUAUGUGGCCUCAGAGGACAACCCUGCUGAUCAGGGUACUCGCCCUAUAGUAUCUAGCACGUUGGGGGACAGCAAGUGGCUUAAUGGGCCUGAGUUUCUUAGGUCUAUGGAAUCUGCGGAUGAAGAAAAACAAGUGUUUGAUCUGCAAGCUCCUGAUCAAGACAAGGAAAUUCGUUCUGCAGUGCAAUGCGUCAAGACAGAUAUUGGACAGACCACACAAAUCUGGACAUCGCGUUUCGAGAAAUUUUCUGACUGGACACGUCUAGUGAAAGCUGUAGCUGUGUUAAAAAAGACCAUACGGCUUUACAUGUCAGGAAACAAACCAAAGUUUCUCGUUGGAAAUGACCUGGAUUUCAUCAAAGAGGCGUCUGAAUUUAUCAUCAGAGAAGUACAGCACUAUUUCUUUAGUGCUGAACUCGAAUGUCUCACUUCAAACCGGCCGUUGCCAGGCAACAGCACUGUUUUAUCCUUGAACCCAUUCAUAGAUCAGUCUGGAAUCCUUCGCGUGGGUGGACGUUUACUGAAUGCUCGCGAAUUCAGUUUUCAAGAAAAACAUCCCAUCAUCUUACCUGCUCGUACCCAUGUGUCAAAGCUUCUUGUUGAACAUCAUCACGCUGAAAUAAAACAUCAGGGUCUUCAUAUGACCGAGGGAGCCAUUAGAUCAAGGGGAUAUUGGCUGAUUGGUGGAAAACGUUUGAUAAGGUCUGUGAUCUAUCAGUGCGUUAAGUGUAAGAAGCUAAGAGGCAGAUCCUGUACUCAGAUCAUGUCAGCUUUACCGGAAGACAGGGUCACCCCAGGGCCACCGUUUUCCUCUGUUGGGGUUGAUGCCUUCGGCCCUUGGAAUGUAGUGGCACGACGUACGCGUGGAGGUGUUUCACAAAAUAAACGCUGGGCAAUUCUCUAUGCUUGUCUUACCACGCGAGCAAUCCACAUAGAAAUAGUUGAAGAACUCAGUACCUCCUCCUUCAUAAAUGCUACUCGAAGAUUCAUCGCGAUAAGAGGACCAGUUUCUGAAUUUAGGUCAGAUAGAGGUACCAAUUUUAUUGGUGCGACCGACCACAUGAAUAUUCAGGCAAUUAAUGUGGAGGACAAGCAGUUGGCGAAUUUCCUGAAACAUAACUCAACAGUGUGGAUUUUCAACUCUCCUCACUCAUCCCACAUGGGAGGAGCGUGGGAACGCCUUAUCGGGGUCGUGAGACGUGUUCUUGAUUCGAUGCUAGCAGAACACUCUACAGGCUUGACACAUGAGGUGCUGACGACGUUCAUGGCGGAAGUCUCGUCAAUUGUCAAUUCACGUCCAUUGGUCCCAGUCUCUACUGAUCCUGAUAAUCCAAUGGUCUUGAGUCCCAUGAUGCUAUUAACGCAAAAGUCGGGGGAACGUGGAACAUAUCUUACAGAAGGAACUCUUAAGGACAUGUACAAAGCUCAGUGGCGCCGCGUUCAGUGUUUAUCAGACAUAUUUUGGAAAAGAUGGAAAUCUGAAUUUCUACAGACGCUACAACAACGACGGAAGUGGAUGUCAACUCGUCGAGACCUACAGAAAGGGGAUGUAGUCCUGGUCAUAGAGGAGGACACUUGUCGAAACGACUGGCCUCUUGGCAUUGUAGUGGAUGUCUAUCCCAGUAAAGACGAUCGAGUUAGGAAAGUCGGAGUUAAGUUGUGUCGCAGAGGUGAACGUGACUGCAAAAUCUAUACGCGACCAGUUACAAAACUGAUAACCCUCGUGGAAAAUGAGGAAAAAUGUGGUUGA